ACCACGUUAAACCCGGAAAUGAAUCUCCAAGCGAGAAAAUGAAAACAGUCGAAAAUGCCUUCAAGACGAUUUGAACUGCACUAACCGCUCUAUCACUAUCGGCUCUUGUUUUUAUCUAGCCGGUCAUGCUAACGACAAGCCAUGUUGUUUUCGUCCUGGUCAUUUACGUGGCUUCUGUUUCUUGCUGUGAGCAGAAAGCGGAGACUCCUGACUGGCGAAUGACUCUGAAAACGAUACGCAAUGGCAUCCAUAAAAUCGACACGUAUCUCAACGCGGCUCUCGACUUGUUCGGCGGCGACGACGGCAUGUGUCGUUACAAAUGUAGUGACGGUUACAAGCCGGGGCCUCGUCCCGGGUACAAGCCGCCGCCGCCCAACGGAUGUGGAACGCCACUGUUUGGAAUCCAGUUCGACGUUGGCAUCCCAUCCAUGACCAAAUGCUGCAACCAGCACGACCGCUGCUACGACACAUGCGGCCGCGAGAAGCAUGACUGCGACGAGCAGUUCCAGGACUGUCUGGAGACCAUCUGCAGGAACGUGCAACGUACUCUGGGAUUGGCCCACAGUGUUCAAGCGUGCGAGUCAACCGUGACGUUGCUAUUCGACGCCGUGAUGCACUUGGGGUGCAAACCGUACUUGGACAGCCAGCGAGAGUCGUGCGUGUGUCAGUACGAGGUGAAGAAGGAGCUGUGACCAAGUUUUGGAUCUACGUUUGUUUUGAUGCUCCGCAAAGUAGACAUUUCUCAGGGAUAGAUGUGAUGCUGCUGCUGCCUUUUUGACACCGGACUCUAUAAAUUCUCACUUUUGACUGAUAUCAUGUAAAUAAUUUGAAAUGCAUUCAAUUAUUUAUGUUUUUGUGUGUGUUGUUCAAUGGAUUGGUUCAUUGGUGUUUUUUUGCUGAAAAGUGGGGUACAAACGACCCCCCCCCCCCAGAUGACUGCAAAAGAUUACCCUAAGAUUCCCUAACCCCUUCAAUUAAAAAAAAUGAUCUGGGCGAAAAAUCGUAAAAGUUAAACGUGUUCAAUAAUUAUGGUUAAAAACAAUCUUUGUUUGGUCUAGUUUGACUAGUUUUCAUAUAUGUAUUCUGUGGCACUAUGCUGCCCCUCACGGGUUGCUCUUGGUACUACCAUGUACUACGUGUGUGGUGUGCUGUUUUUGUUUUGUGAUUGUUUUUUGCUCACUUAUAAUAUGGUUAAAAUCACUGUGUAGUGCACCUUGCUUUAGCAGGAUGUAGUCUAUUCUGCAGAACAAAUAAAAUUAAGAUAAUUUAUUAA